UUUUGUUAUUUUUUUACACUUGCUCUUAACCCCAUCUCUCUUAAUCCUAAUUUUAGCACAUUUUCCAUCCACCCACAUGUUGGGUCUCCUCUUCCUCCCAGAAUGCUUUUUUUUCCCCUUUAGAGACAGGGUCUGUGGUACUCGUUGGCUUGGAAGUUCCUAUGAAGACCAGACUUGCCUCAAACUUUCAGCUAUCCUCCUGCCUCUUCUUCCUGAGUGAUGGGAUUACAGAGUGUGCCAUCACUAAGGGCCACUUUUUAUUAUUAUUCCUGAGACACUGCCCUCCAAUUCCCUUUCUCAGAAGUGCUAUUAAUCUUGUUUAAGACCAGGUCUCGCUUUGUAGCCUAGACAAACCUAGAACUGGUCAACCACCUACCUCAUCCUUUUGAGUGCUGGGAUUACCAGUACCAAGAUCACUCCAUGGAUGAAGUUACAGCCGUGGUGAAGAUUGAAAAAGGUGUUGGUGGCAAUAAUGGGGGUAACGGUAAUGGUGGUGGUGCGGCCUUUUCUCAGACUCGAAGCAGCAGCACAGGCAGUAGCAGCAGCAGUGGUGGCGGAGGAGGGCAGGAAUCCCAGCCAUCUCCUUUGGCUCUGCUGGCAGCAACCUGCAGCAGAAUUGAGUCACCCAAUGAGAACAGCAACAACUCCCAGGGUCCGAGUCAGUCAGGGGGCACAGGUGAACUUGACCUCACAGCCACACAACUUUCACAGGGUGCCAAUGGCUGGCAGAUCAUCUCUUCCUCCUCUGGGGCUACCCCUACCUCAAAGGAACAGAGUGGCAACAGUACCAAUGGCAGCAAUGGCAGUGAGUCUUCCAAGAAUCGCACAGUCUCUGGUGGGCAGUAUGUUGUGGCUGCUACCCCCAACUUACAAAACCAGCAAGUUCUGACAGGUCUACCUGGAGUAAUGCCUAACAUUCAGUAUCAAGUAAUCCCACAGUUCCAGACUGUUGAUGGGCAGCAGCUGCAGUUUGCUGCCACUGGGGCCCAAGUGCAGCAGGAUGGUUCUGGUCAAAUACAGAUCAUACCGGGUGCAAACCAACAGAUCAUCACAAACAGAGGAAGUGGGGGCAACAUAAUUGCUGCUAUGCCAAAUCUACUCCAGCAGGCUGUCCCCCUCCAAGGCCUUGCUAAUAAUGUGCUCUCAGGACAGACUCAGUAUGUGACCAAUGUACCAGUGGCCCUGAAUGGGAACAUCACCUUGCUACCUGUCAACAGCGUUUCUGCAGCUACCUUGACUCCCAGCUCUCAGGCAGUCACGAUCAGCAGUUCUGGAUCCCAGGAGAGCGGCUCACAGCCUGUCACCUCAGGGACUGCCAUCAGUUCUGCCAGCUUGGUGUCAUCACAAGCUAGUUCCAGCUCCUUUUUCACCAAUGCCAAUAGCUACUCAACAACUACUACCACCAGCAACAUGGGAAUUAUGAACUUUACCACCAGCGGAUCAUCAGGGACCAGUUCUCAAGGCCAGACACCCCAGAGGGUUGGUGGGCUACAAGGGUCUGAUUCUCUCAACAUCCAGCAGAACCAGACAUCAGGAGGAUCCCUGCAAGGAAGUCAGCAAAAAGAGGGAGAGCAGAGUCAGCAGACACAGCAACAACAAAUUCUUAUUCAGCCUCAGCUAGUUCAAGGGGGACAAGCUCUUCAGGCCCUCCAAGCAGCACCAUUGUCAGGGCAGACCUUCACAACUCAAGCUAUUUCCCAGGAAACCCUUCAGAACCUCCAGCUUCAGGCUGUCCAAAACUCUGGUCCCAUCAUCAUUCGGACACCAACAGUGGGACCCAAUGGACAGGUCAGCUGGCAGACCCUUCAGCUGCAGAAUCUUCAAGUUCAGAACCCACAAGCCCAGACAAUCACCUUGGCCCCGAUGCAGGGCGUUUCACUGGGGCAGACCAGCAGCAGCAAUACCACCCUAACACCCAUUGCCUCAGCUUCCUCCAUUCCUGCUGGCACAGUCACUGUGAAUGCUGCUCAACUUUCCUCCAUGCCAGGCCUCCAGACCAUUAACCUCAGUGCAUUGGGUACUUCAGGGAUCCAGGUGCACCAGCUUCCAGGCCUGCCUUUGGCUAUAACAAAUGCCCCAGGUGAUCAUGGAGCUCAGCUUGGCCUCCAUGGAUCUGGUGGUGAUGGGAUGCAUGAUGAGACAGCAGGUGGAGAAGAAGGAGAGAACAGCCCUGAUCCCCAACCCCAAGCUGGUCGGAGGACUCGGCGGGAAGCAUGUACAUGCCCCUACUGUAAAGACAGUGAAGGAAGAGGCUCUGGAGAUCCUGGUAAAAAGAAACAGCACAUUUGUCACAUCCAAGGAUGUGGCAAAGUAUAUGGCAAGACCUCACAUCUUCGUGCACACUUGCGCUGGCAUACAGGGGAGAGGCCGUUCAUGUGUAACUGGUCAUACUGUGGGAAGCGCUUCACACGUUCAGAUGAGCUUCAGAGACAUAAACGCACACAUACAGGUGAGAAGAAAUUUGCCUGCCCUGAGUGCCCUAAGCGUUUCAUGAGGAGUGAUCACCUGUCAAAGCAUAUCAAGACCCACCAGAACAAAAAGGGAGGCCCAGGGGUCGCCCUGAGUGUGGGCACUUUGCCCCUGGACAGUGGGGCAGGUUCAGAAGGCAGUGGCACUGCCACUCCUUCAGCCCUUAUUACCACCAAUAUGGUAGCCAUGGAGGCCAUCUGUCCAGAGGGUAUUGCCCGUCUUGCCAACAGUGGCAUCAACGUCAUGCAGGUGACAGAGCUACAGUCCAUUAAUAUCAGUGGCAAUGGUUUCUGAGAUUAGACACCUAGGGCCAGAGACAUAUGGGCCAAUACUCACCAAGCCUGGGAUGCAAGAUAGCAUGGGUCCAAGAGACAUGUGGAGAAGAGAGCCAUGAGGCAUUAAUGUGCUUGGUGGUGGGAAGAAUUGGGGGAGGGUACAAGAGAAGAGAUGGGAUUGUGGCACCCACCUGUCACUGGUGACUCCUUGAAAGCGGAAAAUAUUAGUGAAAAUUCUGUUGGUGCCACCCUUUGAUAAGCGUUUAUUUCAUCCCAGGUUCUUCUUACACUUCUUACCCCAGCCUCCCCUUUCUGCGUUUCCCCUCUGAGCUCUCCCAUGAUGGAUCCCCACCCCACCCCCAAAGCCAUCAUGCCUUGAUAAAUAUAUAUGAUCAUUGAAAUACUUUUUAACAAAAACAGAUUCUAUAUUAUAUAUAUAUAUAUAAAAAUAUAUAGAGAUGCUUUCACAGGGGUUGGCUGGGAGGAGGAAAAAGACCAGUCUGUGACCAAAAAUACCUUGGUCAUUUUUUUUUUUUUUUUUUAAAUAUUGCCUUAUUUCUCAAUGGCUGAGCCUUAUCAUGACACAUCAAGCUUUUCUAUAAAUGUUGUCCUGGCAUCCCACCAGAGUAAGCAUCGAUAUGCUCUGCUUUUAGUUCAUAUAUACAUAUAUAAUGUGUCUUCUUUCUUAAUUUUGUUGUUUUAUUUGGGAUCAGCUCCUUGCGCUCCUUUCCUGACUUUUUUUUCUCCCCUUCUCUCACAUGAUCACUUCCUGUGUUGUUUUUGACAGUGAUCCCCGGAUUAGGCACUUUGGUCAAUAUUUUAAAGAGCUUAGUUUCAACAGCAGAAUGGAGAAGCCUUGAAGUGCAGUCUGAUGCUUGAAGUAGCUAUGGAGGGAGUUUCCAAUUACUACUGACGCAGGCACCUUCUCAGUGCUGGAGAGUCAAAGUCAUCUCCUUCUCUUAGUAGCUCUAAACAUCAGGAGUCAGAAUUCUCUCUGUGGAAUUGGAUAAGAGACCCUUUGAGGGAGAUAAUCUGGGAUUGUUGUAUAUAAACUGUCAAAAAAAAUGGUCAAAUAGUAGGCAGCAGCUUUCAGUUGGAAAAAGAUGUUCUCAGAAAAGGAAAUAACUCAUAGUCUCGGUUAGUGGAAUUAUUUGGAUUUCAGUAUCGUUGUCUUCCAAAUAGCUUUAAGCCUUAAUGUAUGGGCUUCUGAGUUCACACACUGAAUGGAAGUACACUUCCUCUUUUGAACAUUUCUGUAGUUCCUUCCUGUUAAUGUUUUAAUGUUAAGGAGCAUCAGCCAGUGAAUCUGUUCUGACUUUUCAUUCUGUAGAAUGCAAAACUUGUGCUGGUGGCAAAAGAGUAGUUCUUUAAAAAAUUUCCCCUUAACUCUUCCUUGUAUGUACUUGGGUGGUUCCUAAGGGAAAAGGAAGCACACAAUCAUGGGGACUAUAGCCCAGAACAAAAAGAAAUCUUGUCUUACCACUGUGGAUUAUAGGAGAGAUUGGGAGAAAUUAUCCUGCUUUUUCCAUGGCCUGAUUCCAGAAGAGACUGAUCCAAAAAUUAUAUCGGCAGGGAAACUCAGUGCAUUUGACACUGAGACUUAAAUGCAACCAGAAUUGUCCUCAAGGCCCAGCCAUUAAAGCAUUGUCUCUCUUGACCUUCUGGUAUCUUGUCAGAGAGCUUUUCACUGUGAGGAAGUAUGGAAGUGGUUGUGUGUAUGUGUGUAAUCUAUUAGGUUGGGGAUAGGUUUUCUGUUAGCCAAUAUUUAAAGAGAUCUGCAAUAAAAAAUUACCCUGAUCUGAUAGAGAAAGUAAACUGUUUGUGUAUGACUGUGCGUGUGAAUGGGUGUUUGUGCCUGUAUAUAUCUACAUGCAGAUGAGAACUUAUAUUUGAAAUUGUUGGAAAAUAAAUUCAGAUUAAAAUGCCUUUCAGGCCUGUUACCUAGAAAUUGGUUAUAAAACUUGGGUAUGUUCCUAAGGUCAGUUCUCUGCUUAUGCUAAAUCAGUUACAAUUAUGAAUGGGGUGGGGGGAUAUCCUAGUGCACUUUCUAAAGAAGAAACUAUUUUUGUGUUUGAAAAUGAAAUCAACAUCCAAAUCUAUAGCGGAGUCCUUGUUCUAAACUUUCUUUAUCUUGGCUACAAAUAGAUUAUACUAUUAUACAUUUUAUGUAAAUUCCAUCUAAACUAGAUUCUUGGUAAGUUUGUGGUGGUAUUAGUCUGAAAUACAAGAGCCUUUAAUUCUCUAACAUUAGUCUUUUCCAUUUGGUCCUUUCUGUGCUGACUUAAUUCUGUUAUCAAGACUCAGGAAAUAUUUCAAGGGAUUUUCCCCAGAUCACGUUAUUAAUGUUAAAGUAAAAGUUAUCCGUCCUCAGUCACCAUGACACCUUUUAUUCUCACAGAAAAGCAGAACUCAAACCUUGUUACUUUAUGUCUAUAAUCAUGUACUAUGGCAUCUCUGGAGGAAGGGGCAGGAUAACUCACUGGAAUGUGCAGUAUUUUGCUAGAUCAUUUCAAGGAAUAGAAUCUUCUUCAGUAUGAGGUGAUUAGAUACAAGCUGACAUAAUGAUGCCAAGGACUAUAAGCCUUUAGAUAAGUUAUUUGGUGUUUUCUCUCUUGGGUAAAAAGCUGAUGAUUUACCCUCAACAUCUGCUUCAUUAACAUUACCAUGAAUUCUUUCUGCUUUUCCUAUUUCCUUCUCCAGUGUCUUAUUUGACCCUAAAAUGGAAGCAGUUUCUGCUUCUGUCUCCUGUCUAGGAGCCACUUGGCCUUCUUCACAGAUAGUCAAGAGACUACAUUCCUCCAGUCAGGGUCUCAUUACUGAAAAAUAACCUUUCCCCAAACUUUUGGCCAUCAGAAUUUAACAUAAUUGACCCACACAUUGAUUCUGAAAUUCUUUUUUUUUUCUUCUGAAAUUCUUUUCAUUACCUUUUUGUUGUUCAGUUUGGAAUUUGUUUUCUUUUUUUGAGACAGGGUUUUAUUCUGUAGCUCAGGCUAGCCUGGAACUCACUAUGUAACUCAGACUGGCCUUGAAUUUUGGAUAAUUUUUGUGCCUCCUUAGUGCUGGAAUUAUAGGUAUAUGUCACCAUGUCCAGCCUUCAUGAUCUUUUACUUAUUUUUUUUUUAAAUGACUCUACCUUGCAGGGUGGUGGGUGACCACAUCUGUAGUAAUCUUGUUAGGUCUGUCUGUAUAACCUUGGCUGGUCUGAACUUAUUAUGUCCAGGCUGACUUUGAACUCUGAGAUCUACCCACCUCUGCCUUUCAAGUGCUGGGGUUACAGAUGUGUGCCACCAUGCCUGGCAGAAACAGUAAAGUAUUCAUCCCCUUUUUAUGGGUUGCCCAUUCAUAUUCAUCUGCAUAAUGUUUUUCCUAGAAAGGACCAACCCACCCUCUUGCUUUGGGGACCUCCUAGCAGGCACUCUUUUUGGGGGUGCUAUUCAAAAUGCAAUAUAAUGGAUAUUUCUCAGUCUGGUUUCAGAAUAAAUAGAACCUUUAAUUGCAGAAAGUAUAGACUGAAGUAUGGGGUGAAGGUGUUAUAAUUUGGGGAGGGUUGGAGACUAAAGCUGUAAAUUACUAUGGCUGAUUUAUUUCUACUAUAUACAUAUAUAUUUUUUGCUUUUGUAUAUCCUAUAUAGAAAACUAAGCAUUGUAUUUUUUUAACAAAUCUGAGGAAGCACUAUGAACUGCAGGUGUUUGACUUUCAGGAUAUAUUUUGUAUUGUUAAUACUUCACAUUAUGUGAAUACUGGAAGCUGCAGAUCUUUGUUAGGCCACAAUAAAUUUGGAUACUUUUUGAGGGGUUCUUUUGGGGGUGCUAAUCAGGCCUCUGUUAUACUUUGAGGGAGCCCUGGUGCUACAUGAUUCAAGUUUUCAUUCAGUUUUAAGUGCCCUAAUGCCUUUUGGACCUUGGGAUUAGAUCAGAGUUGGUUUAGAGAUUAGGUACCAAGGAAAGGAGGAUAGUGUAGCUGCCUCAGUCUUUGCCUGGUUUUGCUUUCCCGAUACAAAGUUGGGUAGCCUCUUGGGGUUGUAAGGAGAAAUGUUUGAAAUCUCAGAGUUUCGACUUCUCUUAGAAGAGCCAAUAACUUACAAGGAUAACGGUAGCAGCAGUUGCUUUGGGGAGAGGAGGGUAUGGCACUUUUCCAAUCCCGGAAAACACUGCUUUGAAAGCUGCUGAUAAAACAUGGGCAGGUUAUUACUUUGGUGUAGAAGACUGUUCUCUUUAGUUCCUCUCUUGGCUCUGCUCCGGGGGUACAGAUCUCAUCUAGGAGGAUGAGUAGCCCAGCUUUGAGGUUGACCUGUUUCUUUUCUUUGUCUGCCUUCCCUAAACACCAUCCCCCAGAAAGACAUUAAGCAGCCUUUAGCUUGAGUUCUUACUCCCUCUUCCAGACUUGGCUCAUGUGCUAUAGAUGGAAGACUGGGAAGGGAGAAGAGGGGCAGUCCUUGGCUCCAUUCCUUCCCUGAGUCAUUUCUGUUCUGACUUCCUAAACCCAAAAGGAUUUCUCCACAGCACUCAUCUGAGAAAGUAUUUUUUUUCUCAUCUGCCCCUUCCUUAUCAAACAGCCCAACCUUCCUUCUCUUGGCUAAGAAAAUACAGGGACUCAUCUGUUCUUCAGCUCCUCUAAGUCCCAGCUCAUGGGGGUUGAGCGUGACGAAUUGGGCUGGGGCUUCAGGUAGAGAAGACUGUUGGUACAUCGGCUUGGUUGUGUGCUUUCCUAUUUCUUGCCUUCAGGAAUCACACUGUGCCUUCUCCACUAGGGAAAUGAUUCUAUCUACCCAGCUUUUCUAGUAACUACGCUUAAAAAAUGUGGAUAGUGGCAGUUCUUCAUAUUUCUGAUGAUUCAUUUCUCCCAGUAACAUCCUAAUAGCCCUUACCUAGCUAAAGACUAGGCAUGAAGUCUGAAGAGAAUAUGCUGAUACCGAUCUGAGGAAACCAAAGGCAGCUGUCCUAGGGCCUGCUUCCCUCUCCCAAGUCUGUCAUCCCAGGGCAGAGGAGUAGUGCUCCAAUUUGGUGCCUAAAACAAAUAUAUCUUUCUUAAUACUGGCAAUAACCAGUCUCCAUACCACUGUUGCCUUUAAACCUUAAGCUGUGUUUGUUGUGGGUUCCAAUCCAAUUACCACCAGGGCUGUGUAGGUAAAUACUUCUAAACAGUCACUCACCUGUUCUCUACCCUCACUCUCGUGUAUGUACGAUGUUAAUAUCUUGUCUUCCUGCUCCUUUUGUAUCUUCCUUAUCUCUCUCCCCCUAACUUUGUCCCUGGGUGUUUUGGGGAAUCUCAAUAUCUUUUUCUCUAUAUCUCUAUCUUAAUCUCUCUGCCUUUUGUACAAAGAGUAGUUUCAAUGUAGUCUGUAGCUCCUUUGUAAACCAAUUAAAAUUUUUUUAAUAAA